AUGGCUCAGUUGAAAGUCAACAAAAAUGUGGAACACCAAAAAGUGUUUGGUUCAGAGUGCCAGAAGCACGUGUACCUUGUAAUAGACACACUAGGCACCCCUCGGUUACCUCAGUCAAGGGUAAGGAGUCCAAGAGAUUGCAUUCAUCUUCAUUCUUCUCCGGGAUAUUUAGUUGUAUUUCACACCACCAUGGACAGGUGUGGUAGACCUGGGGAGAGCAGCAGUGAAGAAGACCUGGAGCUGUACCUGACCAAGUUGUGUUCUGACGUGACACUUUACAGCCCUAAAGAAGGUUUCUUCAAUCAUUACAUGGAGCAAAUUGAUGCUCAAGUCUCGCAAGAUUUCCUCGACAAGUUUGGUCAACUCAAGAGUGAUGAAGAUCGUCUCCUUAAAACAUGGGGCGUCAAGCCUAUCCACACACUGAAGGUUCAGAGCUUCUACAGGCAGAAGAGUAGAGAAGUGUCAGAGUGCCGCAGAGAGGAGGGUAACAAGGCCUUCCAGGAGAAGAAGAAUGGACAGGCACUGGUGUUGUACUCCCAGGCCGUCGUCAGAGCUCCUCAUGACGAGGGGAAGAGCUUGGCCCUGGCCCUGGCCAACAGAUCUGCCGUACUCUACCACAUGGACGAGUACCAUCUCUGCCUCACAGACAUCGACCUAGCCAUUCAAGCAGGCUACCCACCCAACCUCAUGUACAAGGUGCUGGACCGCAGGGGACAGUGUCAGCUGCAGCUGGGUCAGUAUAACAGUGCUCUCCUUGCCUUCACUGCUGCUGCUCAUGCCCUCGCCACUUCAGGUCUCGACAAGAAGAAGCUGGAGUCAUGGAAGAAAGAUCUUAGCAUCAAAAUACACAGCUGCCAAGGCAAGACUGAUGCAGGGGACCCAGCACCCAGCAAGACCACCAGUGCUAUACUGUUCCAAGGUAGCAGUAAGGUGCUUCCCAACGCUUCCUCUGCUCUCACUCUCAACACUUCUAAAGAUGAAGGCCGGUACCUGGUAGCAAGGGGUCCAAUACCUGCUGGUCAGGUGCUGAUAGCUGAACGACCCUACUCUGCAGUGCUUAUGGACGACAAGUGUGGUUCACACUGCAUUCACUGCUACCACAGGCUGGUGGCACCAGUACCAUGCCCUUGGUGCUCCGGGGUAGCCUUCUGCAGCCCCAGGUGCCGGGACCUGGCCCUGGCUACCUACCACCGUUGGGAAUGCAAAUUUCUCGACCUCCUGAAGGGGUCUGGGGUCUCUCUUAACUGCUACCUCGCUCUCAGGGUCAUUACACAACACGGUCUUCCAUACUUCAAGAAGGUUGGUUCCUCUAUGAUCCCUACGUUCUUAAUGCUUUCUCAUGACUAUCACAAUUUUAAUAGGUGGGUGUGUCUCCCACUCUGGCAGCUGAGUGGGAUGGCCUUCGCGAGUGGGAAGAUCAACUUCAAGAAAACCAAAAGCGUUUUUCUAGGUCUGGCUGUCUACCCCACCAUCUCUUAUUGCAACCACUCCUGCUUCCCCGCCGUCACUAGAUACUUCGAGGGAGACAAGAUGGUGAUUGUGAGUCUUCGACCAUUGCAAGCUGGGGACGUGGUAGCUGAGAACUAUGGUCCCAUCUUCACUCAUCACCCUCGUCAGGAGAGACAAAGGAAGCUCCUCUCUCGCUACUGGUUCAGGUGUAACUGCGAGGCAUGCCGCGGGGACUGGCCUGUGUAUAACAACAUGGUUAACAAGAGGGUCAUCCAGUGCCACACCUGCAAGUCUCCAUUGCCCCAGCCGGCACACAACCAGUCCCACGUCACCUGCAAGGAGUGCGGAAACUCCACCAAUAUUGUCCAGGCAGACAAGACUCUCCACCAGGCUAACAAAUUGUACGUGGCUGCUUGUCAACACAUGGACGAGGGUCAUCGAGAGGAGGCCAUCUCUUCCUUCACCAGCUUCGUGGACAUCGUCAGUGGCCUGGUGGUGCCGCCCUUCAGGGAACUGCACCUCUCCAUGCAGGCCCUCAGACUCUUGAUAGCUUCCAGAGGCACCAUCCACACCCCAGGAAUCCCUGCACCCGAUGCCUCUAGUACCAAGCAGUAGCAGCAGCACGAUUGCAUAUAAAUCACAGAACGGGUCAAGUCAAAACCAAAGAUUUAGUUCCAAAUUAUACAAUGUUUGUACGGAGAUGGGUGACAUCAGGGGCGGAUCUACUAUGAAACUAAUGAAACUUAAGCUUCAGGGCCUCUAAUCCCAGAGGGGCCCCAGAAGCCACUGUAGUCCACAUUGCUUAAAAUUUUUGGGUCUACUGUAUGAGAAGGGGGCCCCAUAACAGUUCACUCUUCAGGGCCCCAAAAAUGUAGGUCCGCCACUGAGUGACAUUUGGUUGUGCAUGCAGAAAGCCCAUGGUUAUGCAGAGCCAAAUCCUUUGUGGUUUAGCGCUUCUUUUUAAUUAUAAUAAUAAUAAUAAUAAUUUGCAGAGCCAAGUGAUGGUGGUUUGAACCUAUGGCAAAUCUCAUCGACCACGGGUUCAAUCCCUACCCGUUCUGUGGUCAGUAGUAGUAGUAUCUAUGGAGCGCCAUCCACACCACAGCUUUCAUAAAAGAGAACACACAAUGACAUUUAUCAAUGCAAAACUAUUACUUUGGGCAGUUAAAAUUACUAACAAUGCAACAAGGCCCAAUUAACCCCUCUGCUUCAUUGCCACACCAAUAUGUUUCUCCUCCUUCCUACCAAAUUCACUUCCUUCACUUCGGGUUUUAUGGAAGAAAAAGCAUGAUGCCUCCAGUUACCUGGAUGAAGAGCCCUUCACCAGCACGAAGGGUCAAUAUUGCAUAACAUUUAGAACAGUUGUGUGCCUUAAAGAUCAUUAUGAAAUAAUUGUAUGCUAUGUACGUGACACCUAAAUAAAGACUUACUUGAUUA